AUGGCUCGUGGUACUUUCGCCAACAUACGCUUGAUAAACAAGUUGAUGGAUGGUGAGGUUGGGCCGAAGACGGAGUAUGUGCCUACUGGUGAGAAGAUGUUUGUUUAUGAUGCGGCCGAGAAAUAUAUGAAGGAAGGACAUCCACUCAUUAUUCUCGCGGGUGCGGAGUAUGGCAGUGGAUCUAGUCGGGAUUGGGCUGCAAAGGGUCCAGCUCUGCAAGGGGUUAAGGCUGUUAUUGCUAAGAGUUACGAGAGAAUUCAUAGAUCAAAUCUGGUCGGAAUGGGAAUUCUACCACUUCAAUUCCCUCAAGGUGUCGACGCUGACUCGUUGGGAUUGGAUGGUCGUGAGCAGUUCUCAAUCGAUCUCAAGCAUGGUGAUCUAUCUGUUGGACAGAAAGUUACUGUGCGAUCUACGUCUCCGAAGACACCCUGUUUUGAUGUGAUUGUCCGACUGGAUACAGAAGUCGAGCUGACAUACUUCAAACACGGUGGCAUUCUCCAAUAUGUGCUCCGACGGCUCGCGGCGUGA